GUGUUUUUUCAACGAAAAGGAUUCGAGCUGUUCCAACUGUCCAGUGAUUAGCUAUCUAAGACUUUUGCCAGUGGAUUGAAUCGCAAAGCCCGUUUGAGAUAGCAUCUGAACUAUCCUCGCCAGUCUCGAGACCUCAACAAAAGCUCAUUUCACCAUGGCCAGUGUCGUCGGUAUCGAUCUUGGUAACCUCAGUUCCAAGAUUGGUGUUGCUCGAAGAAAGGGUAUCGACAUCAUCACUAAUGAAGUGUCAAAUCGAGCAACUCCCUCCCUCAUCUCCUUCACUCCUCGUCAACGGUUUAUUGGAGAGGCUGCCAAGACCGCAGAGACCUCCAACUUCAAGAACACUGUCGGAUCGUUGAAGCGAAUGUUGGGAAGGAGUCUAUCUGACCCAGAAGUCGCAGAAUUUGAGAAGAAGCACAUCAAUGCGGAAUUAGUGGAUGUGAAUGGCACCGCUGGAGUCAAGGUCAACUACCUUGGAGAGCCUGCUACCUUCUCUUAUACUCAGCUUGUCGCCGCCUACCUUGGCAAGCUCCGCGAUAUCGCUGGUAACGAGCUCAAGCAAACCAUCUCAGAUGUCGUCAUUGCCAUUCCGGGUUGGUACACCGAUGUCCAACGUCGAGCUAUGCUCGAUGCGGCACAGAUGGCCGGACUCAACCCUCUACGUUUGAUCAACGACACUACUGCUAUCGCCCUUGGAUACGGUAUCACCAAGGAGCUCCCUGAGAGCCCUGAAAACGCUCGUCACGUUUGCUUUGUCGACGUUGGUCACUCCAACUUCUCCGUGGCCGUUGUCGCCUUCUCUCAAGGUCAAUUGACCGUCAAGUCGACUGCAUACGACAGAAAUUUUGGUGGACGGGACUUUGACUACGCCCUCUUACAACAUUUCGCUACAGAGUUCAGUGCAAAGUACAAGGUCGAUGUCAUGUCUUCACCGAAAGCUGUCUUCCGAUUGGCUACUGGCUGUGAACGACUGAAGAAGAUCUUGUCCGCCAACGCCGAGGCCCCCAUCAAUGUCGAGUCCUUGAUGAACGACAUUGACGCAAGCUCAUCCUUGACCCGUGAACAAUUCGAAAAGCUCACUGAGCACCUCCUCACUCGAGUCGUCGACCCCGUCAAGGAGGCCAUCGCCGCUGCCGGACUUACUGCCGACCAGAUUGACGCUAUCGAGCUUGUUGGAGGCUCAACCCGUAUUCCCGCUGUCAAGGAGGCUUUGGCUUCCUGCUUCCCUGGAAAAUCCCUCAGUUUCACUCUGAACCAGGAGGAAGCCGUCGCUCGAGGUGCCACUUUGGCGUGUGCCUCCCUUUCACCCGUUUUCCGAGUCAGAGAAUUCGCCAUCCACGACAUCACUCCUUACCCUAUCAAGGUCUCGUGGGAGAAGGAGGCCGGCAACCCCGACGAGGACACUGAACUCGUUGUCUUCCCCAAAUCCAACCCUAUCCCGUCUACCAAGAUCCUCACAUUCUACCGACAGGGACCUUUCGAACUCGAGGCUGCUUAUGAUGCAUCGGCCAAGUUGCCCGGUGCUAUCAACCCCUGGAUCGGAAAAUAUACCGUCAAGAACGUCACCAAGCCUGCCAAUGGAGACCUGGCAUGUGUCAAGGUCAAGGCUCGACUCAACUUGCACGGUAUCAUGAACUUUGAGGGCGCUUAUAUGGUCGAGGAGGUCGAGAGGGAGGAGGUUACCACCGUCGGCGAGGGAGAGGACAAGAAGGAGGAGAAGAAGAUGGUCAAGAAGUUGCAGAGGACCGGAGACUGCUCUGUUAUCGGGCAGUACACCAGCCUGUCCAAGUCUGCCGUCGAUGACGCCACUGAGCAAGAGGGCAAGAUGCACGCCGAGGACAAGCUGGUCUUGGAGACUGAGGAACGCAAAAAUGCUCUCGAGGAAUACGUCUACGACAUGCGAGGCAAGCUGGAGGACCGAUACGCCAUCUACGUUCAGGAGAAGGAGAAAUCUGCCCUGCUUGAAGGCUGUCAGGAGGCCGAGGACUGGCUGUACACUGAGGAGGGAGAGGAUGCGACCAAGUCUGCCUACGUCGCCAAGUUGGACAAACUCAAGGCUAUCAGUGAUCCGGUCGUCUCACGGUGGAAGGAGAAUGAGGCGAGACCCAAGGCCGCCGCCGAAUUGAGGGAAGCCACCAACAUGUACCUCUCUUUGGCACAGAACGACUCCGAGCAGUACUCUCAUAUCCCCGAGGAGGACAAAAACAAGGUGAUUGAGAAGUGCGCUACCAACUCUCAGUGGCUCGAUGACAAGCUUGCUCGUCAAGCUGAACGACCCAAGAACACCGAUCCCGUCAUCACCUCUGCUGAGAUCUUGAAACGGGCCGAAGAGGUCAGGUAUACCGGAGCAAGCAUAAUGAACCGACCCAAGCCUCGACCCAAGACUACCGAGUCUACCCCUGCGAGCGGUCAACAGACUCCUAAAGAGGACCCAUCGAAGAAGAAGGCUGAGGACGACAAGAUGGACGUUGAGGCUGAGGAUGGACCUCAGAUUCAAGAGAUGGAUGUGGAUUAGAAGAACUCUCUGUACAUGUGUAGCUCGGACUCGGUCAGCAUUAUGAGCGGUGCAAGCAUGCGAUCGUUGAUACAAC